AGAAGAUGUGCUUCGAAAAUGUUGGCAACUUCCCAGAUCUCAGUUCAAGGUACAAUACAAGAAAAAAUUCACAGGACAAACUUUGUAUAGGAUAAAAUAUCCCACUUUCCAUGCAACAUUUUAAAUAGUUUUGGUUAGCCAAUGAUGAAUUUUACUAUAACACACUGGAAGAAUGGUAUAAGAUAACUGAUUCCAAACUGCAGGUGUAGUCUAAAGUGUUAUUUUUCUUGUAACAUUUUAAAUAGCCAGUGUUGAUGGGGUUACUUCAAGAUGAGCGUUAGUGUAACAUUACAAAAAUAUAAUUGAUUCUGGAUUUUUGUAGAGGACAUUUUGAAUCGUUUACGUAAAGUAACAAAAUCAAGAGUAGAACUACAUGCUGAAUCCUUUAUUUAAAUGUUAGGAUACAGGACAGCAAAACUAAAUAAAUAUCACUGAACCUGAGGAGUGACAUAUUCAGAAAACAGAAAAUCUGUUCCUUCUAAAAUAUCGUUAUCAGUAAACAAGAAAAACAUGGCAUUUUUCAAAAAUUUUCAGCAAAAUCUGAACCUUCCUUCUGUGUCUUCUUUGGUUGAUACACUCAGUAAUGCUGUGGAUGAUCUAACCAAUGCUGUUGGAGAUGUAAGCUAUACAGUAGCUGAUUCAGUUACAGAGCAGGUAACAAACAUGAUCAAUAGUCUUCGAACAGAUGAAACAGCUAAAACACAGGAAGAUAAAUCUGAAGUGGGUAAAGAGGAAAAUAGAACAAAUAAUGACAUAGAAAAGUAUGUGAGAGAAAAGUUUGAUGGUCGGGGAGAACAUAACAUAGAUAAAACACAGAGACAGUUGAAUUUUGUAGAACCUAAUGAACGUAAUGAUUCAGAAGUAUAUAGGGAAUUGAAUAAUUCAAUAAAGCACAAAAGACAAACAGGAAAUAAGUACUUGGAAAGUAAUACAUUGCCAAAAGAUAUUGCUGAGAAUUAUGGUAUAUGUAGAUCUGAAGAAUCCCAUCAUGAAAAACCUAGUAAGAAAUUGUAUGCAAAGCUAGAACAAUCUAAAGACCCACUGCAGAAGAAAGUUAAAAAAAGAUCACCAGAAGUUGAUUUCAUGGAUGCCAAAAAAACACAGAGUAUUGUAACAAAGAAUGUGGAAUCAAAUAAAGUGCAAACUUCAAAAUUGCCAGAACUAAGGUCUGAAGUGGUACACGGCAUUCAUGAAGUAAAAUCUAAGAAACUGAAAACGUUUUCUGACUACACCAGAAAGUCUGUUACAAAAGAGAAAGAAAAUGCCUUAUCUGCUCUUUCAAAGGAAGAUACAAAACAAAAGCAAACAGAAUCAGAAAAUUUUUCUAAAGAAGUGAGUAGUAAGAAGACUCCAGCUAAAGAUAAUUCAUACAUAAAUAAAGAACAACAUGGUUCAUCAUCUGAAAGUGAAGAUGAGGCGCUGGGUAAAUACCAUGAAGCUUUGUCCAGAACUCAAAGUUCAAGGCCACCAGCUGGAGAUAAUAGACAACAGAAAAACUAUAUUUGGGAAACAAGACAAAAAUAUAGUCCUCUGUCUGCAGAAUAUGAUGGGUACAGUAGUGAAGCUUCAAUAGAUGAAGCUAACUGCAUUCAGAGAAUGAGACAAACACCUCCUCUUGAUGAACUUCAGCCUCCACCAUACCAAGACGACAGUGGCUCACCACACCUUUCAUGUACUCCCUCUGAAGUUGGGGACAGCAAAUGUGAAUUUUCUCAGUGCACCAACAGUCCAAGAUGUUCAUAUAAGUGCCCAAGUGAAGGAAGUACUGGCCAUGAAAUAGAAAGCUUCCAUAACAAAGGAUAUGAAGAAGAUGUGCCUAGUGAUAGUACUGCUGUACUCAGCCCAGAGGAGGUUUCAGCUCGAGGAUCAUCAUCACAGCUCCCUAAAUCUUUUGAUCCUGAACCAGAAGCUAAAUAUGGCACACUGGAUGUGACUUUUGACUAUGACUCUCAGGAACAGAAGCUUCUGGUAACAGUGACAGCUGCCACAGACAUUCCUACUUAUAACAGGACAAGUGGAAGUUCAUGGCAAGUACACCUGGUUCUUCUUCCUAUCAAGAAACAGAGAGCAAAAACCAACAUCCAGCGGGGUCCAUGUCCUGUCUUCACAGAGACAUUUAAAUUUAAUCAUAUUGAAUCUGAGAUGAUUGGGAAUUAUGCAGUACGCUUUAGACUGUACAGUGUACGCCGCAUGAAAAGAGAGAGGAUUCUAGGAGAAAAAAUAUUUUAUUUAACCAAAUUAAAUCUUCAAGGGAAGAUGUCAGUACCAGUGAUCCUGGAGCCAGCAUACAGUAUUUCUGGCUGUGACUCCCAAAUGAGCAUGUCAGAAAUGUCCUGCAGUGAAAGCACCUCCUCUUGUCAGUCUCUGGCACAUGGCUCAGCUCCAGAAAUCCUCAUUGGACUGCUUUAUAAUGCCACAACUGGAAGACUAGCAGCAGAAGUGAUAAAAGGCAGCCACUUCAAAAACUUGGCAGCAAACAGGCCACCCAAUGGACUGUUCUGUUGUCUAAAACACUUGAUAGGUGGACAGGUUUAUAUAAUACGAGAUACAUAUGUUAAGCUGACAUUGCUGAAUUCCAUGGGUCAAGAGAUGUCCAAAUGCAAAACAUCCAUCCGAAGAGGGCAGCCAAAUCCAGUAUACAAAGAGACAUUUAUUUUUCAGGUGGCACUGUUUCAGCUUUCUGAUGUGACACUCAUACUAUCUGUGUAUAAUAAACGCAGCAUGAAACGAAAGGAAAUGAUAGGCUGGAUUUCUCUAGGGUUGAACAGUUCUGGAGAAGAGGAACUAAACCACUGGACUGAGAUGAAGGAAUCCAAAGGACAACAAGUGUGUAGAUGGCACUCUUUAUUAGAGUCUUAAUGGUCCUUAUGGCUCCACUGUGUCAGGAUUCAUCAAAGCUGCCACCAUCGAUGCAAUGAAGCUGGUGUUGCAGAAAUUACAAGUUCAACAUUCCAUUUUAACAAAUGCACAAAACGCUGUCGACAGAGUAACUUCCACAUUUUCACUUCACUUAACAUCACCUAUUUCAGGUAAACUUCUGCCGGACAGGGAAGAGACAGCAAACCCAAAUUCUGAUUACAAUAUUUUCCAGACUGUUUGAGUUUUAACUUUCAGUUUGGUAAUUGAUAGGUAUUUUGUGUAAAUCUUCUGUUAUUGCAAUGUCCUCCAAUUGUGUGGGGUUUUUUUAGUGGUGCUAUGCUGUGCUGUAUAUGAACUGCCCAGAAGCAGAUUAGGAAUAGAAGGGUGGCUAAACAGUGGAACCAAAUGCAACAGAGAGAACAGUUAUAUUUUUGACUUAUUAUUUUAUUUUAGUAGCAUUACAGUCCUCUCCCUCAUGCAUGCUGAUAACUUUAAUCCAGACCCAAACACAACUCUCUGUAAUGCCUCUUUAAAUUUAAUGACAGACCAUUGAAGGUGGUUUGCUGCUCAUAGUGUGUACAGUCCUAAAACAUUUAUUGCAGGCAAAUAGGGUAUAUGUGGAGGGUACACAGUAGAGCAGUAUUGCGAAGCUAAGCAGCUCUGAGCCUCGACGGAAGACUUUAAGGUCCAUUCUGCACAGCCUAAAUAAGACAUGCUGUGCAGUAAGAAGAUGGUCUGUGGAGAGCAGGUCAACCCAAUGCUUCUCAAUGGGAGAUAGAUGAGUCUCCUGAAAGGCUGAUUCUUUUAUUUUUGUGUCUGCAUAGCUAUGGAGAUAGCUCAUUAAAAAAAUUUAAAAUGGGAAAACUUUUGUAUAUUGCCAAAAUUGGCAGAUCCAGGUGAGUACAACUACCGGUGUGUACUUUUUGGGCUGAAAAGGCAUCCAGGAUCAGAGCCUGCAGAGCAAACGUCCUGGGCCAACCUUCAGCAAAUAGUGACAGGGACAAUCCCUUCAAACUGGACAUAAAAUGUUGGGCGCAAGCUAAGUGUGAAAUUGACCAGAGAUCAAAAUGGUCAGGCGGGAUACAGCCUCUUUUCCCCUCUGACUCCUUUGCUGUCUGCAAAGCGCACCAGAAUCGCCUCUUUUUAAGAUGUCACACAGACGUCUUUUUUGUACUGUGCAGAAUGGACCUCAGGAAUUCUUCGUAGGCCCACUAGAAUUCCAUAUUGGGAAAAAAAACAGAUUGUUGACAUAACUCAUAAAAAAUACCACUGCAGGACCUCAUAAUACCUGUUUGAGAGGAGCAACAAAGGAAAUAUGUACAAACUAUGGAUGCACAAUUUCUCCCAAACCACUUUCAAGUCUUUUAAUACCGUUGCAGCAACCGAGCUUACUCCCAGGUAAAGGAUCGUGCUCAGGCCAGCCUAGAUGUGUGUGUGUGGGGUGUGUGUGUGUGAUUUUCUGUCCCUCCACAUGAUGGACUCUGUGCACGCGUGCCCACAGAAAGAGCUCUGAGUGCCACCUCUGGCACCUGUGCCAUAGGUUCACCACCGCUGCUUUAUGCCAUGCAGUGGACACUUUUUCCUGUGUUCCAUAGUCCUAAGGAAUCUAGGAGCGUGUGUUUCUCAGACACCAGCCCUCGUGACACAUGGAAAUCUGUUCUGAAAUUCAAAGGAGUUUCAAAAGUCUGAAAGGAGGUGGGAUUAAAGUCUGCCAUUCAAAGAAAAGAAGUAAAAAAGAUUCACUGAGUAUAUCCAGGGUCCUAGUUGCAUAAAGUAGCUCUUUUGAUCCCGUUUUUUUAGUUUUUGUUUCAACUAAAUUAAGUAGCUGGAAGAGAAGAAGAAAAAGAAGAACUGAUUUUUAUAUUCUGUUUUACUGUAGCUCCGAGGAGUCUUGAAGUGACUUAUAAUUGUCUUUCCUUCCCCUCCCCACCGCAGACACCUUGAGAGGUUGGUAGGGUUGAGCAAGUUUUGAAAUAAUUCUGACUGGCCCAAAGUCACCCAGUAGGCUUCAUGUGGAGGAGUAGGGAAACAAACCUGACUUUCUGGAUUGGAGUCCACCAUUCAUGAGGAGGAGCAGGAACUCAAACCAAGUUCUCCAGAUUAGAGUCCAUUGCUAUUAACCAGUAAGCUAAGAAAGAAUAUAUUUUGCCUUUGGACAUUCAGAUGUUAAAAUCUGGGUGUUAAAAUCUCUAGAGACAAGGACUUGAAGUCUUAUAUUCAAAUGUACUGAUUCCAGGACCAAGCUUUAACCCCCAGGUGAAAGUAUGGGAUCCACUGAGGUACUGGCUUAUAGAAAGAAUUUAUAUGACAUCGAAGUGACUAUACUGGAAGAAGAGAAGUCCUAUCUGUGCUAAAAAGGAAACUUCUCCAACACUGAGUCGCCUUAUCUUGUCAUCACUGCUCAGUAUUUAUGCAAAAAGAGAUGGGAGGUGUGGUACCCUUUCUUUCCAUGAAUGCACAUUAAGAGCAAAUCCUUCUGAAAAGCAGCAAAAAGCUAACCAUCCUGAAGUCCUGAACCAUGGCCUGAAGGCCACUGUGUUAGGAGUGAGUAAUGCCACUAAAACUUUAUUUAGUCCAGCACUGUGCUAGGCAUCCAAGGUUAGACAUCCAAGGUUGUGAUACAUUUUUUCUGUCUUGAAAGUGCAAUUUCAUUAUGUGAUUUGAGGCUCAGAUAAAGUAUCUCACAAGUUGGCAGGCUCCAGAGUUCUUGCAGUAAAUUGUUUUACCACUUUCUAGUAGACGUUAGUAACUGUGCAGCACACUGAAGCUUUCAGAUUAGGGACACAGUUUGCUUUCCUUGAGAUAAGGUUGGCAUCAUGGAAUAUUAAAAGUUCUUUUGUACAUAUCUGAGGAUGGAAUCUUUAAGUUGUGAGCAUAGUAAAAAAAAUCUCAGAUUAAUAUCCAGAUGUCAGUUUUAAUUUAGAGAUGAAGACAGUGUGAAUUAUUAAAAAUAAUCUUUAAAAUAUAGAUUCACAAAUGUGGGGUUUUUUAAACAUAGAGCAAAUAAAAUUGAGAACGCAUGUAUCCGUCACUACAUUUUCACAAUAUUUUUGAAUGCUGCUAUAUUUGAGACCAGAGACUUUUCCAGUAUUGCAUGAAUGGAGAAUCAUGUGAAGGCUGUAUCAAAAUUCUUAACAACUACUUAAAAAUUUCCAGCUGUUGUCUUGAAAUUGUUAUCCAGUGCCUUUAAUGUUUCACAAAUUUGUACCAAUAAUAUGAUUCUGAAUUAACUGAUUUCAGUCUUGAUUGAUUUAAAACUUUACUAAAUGAAUUAUCCUUCCUGUGUUGCAUGGCACAAGAAAUGUAAUUUUUUAAAACAAAACUAUUCAGGAACUUUUGUGAAGAGAAACAUGGUUAAUUAUAGUAUAAUAUAUAUUCUUUCCAA